AUGCGUUGUGUUAAUUGCACAUCGGUCACUGAGUUUAUCCUUUUGGGGCUGACAGAUCAUGCUGAAUUGAAAGUGGUGCUCUUCGUGUUGUUCCUGCUGAUCUAUGCUGUUUCUUUGGUGGGGAAUCUAGGAAUGAUCUUUCUCAUCCAAACAACCCCGAAACUCCAAUCACCCAUGUAUUAUUUCCUUAGCUGUCUGUCAUUUGUUGAUGCCUGCUAUUCUUCAGUCUUUGCACCCAAAAUGCUGCUGAACUUCUUUGUUGAACGGGAGACAAUCUCAUUCUCUGCAUGCAUUGUACAAUAUUUUUUAUUCGUGUCACUCCUUACCGCUGAGGGCUUCCUGUUGGCAGCAAUGGCUUAUGACCGCUAUAUGGCCAUUGCGAACCCUUUACUUUAUACAGUGGCUAUGACUAAAAUAGUCUGUGUUGUCCUGGUCAUUGGAUCAUGUGUAGGAGGUUUAAUCAACUCUUUGACACACACAAUUGGUUUGGUGAAAUUGUCUUUCUGUGGGCCAAAUAUCAUCAGUCACUUCUUCUGUGACCUUCCCCCAUUGUUGAAGCUGUCGUGUUCUGACACCUCCACGAAUGAAUCGUUGCUUUUAACCUUCAGUGGCAUUAUUGCUAUGAGCACUUUCUUGACUGUGAUGAUCUCCUACAUCUUCAUCAUUGCUGCUAUCCUGAGGAUCCGCUCGGCAGCAGGUAGACACAAAGCCUUCUCCACAUGUGCUUCACAUCUAAUGGCUGUGACUUUAGCCUAUGGCUCUGUAAGCUUUAGUUACAUUCAACCGAGCUCCCAAUAUUCCCUAGAACAAGAAAAGGUGGUAUCUGUGCUUUACACCCUGGUGAUUCCUAUGUUAAAUCCAUUAAUUUAUAGCCUAAGGAACCAGGAAGUGAAGGAUGCAGUAAAAAGGGCUGUGGAAAUGAAACAUAGUCCUUGUUAA